GGAGGACCGUGGUGGUGGGGGGGCGGGACUGGAGGACCUCCGGCUCCGGGUCGCCUGAGCGGGACUUUGGGCGGUUGGAGGGAGAAAGAGAGAGAGAGAGAGGAUGAUGGAGGGAAAUCCUGAACUGAAGAACAUGCUUGCUCGUUGCAGCUAGCAAGCUUGCCUGUGUCCUUGAUGAUCAGCAAAGAGUGAGAAUCCUAGGCCCCAUGGAUGAAUCAGAUGAUGAUUUUGUUCAGCUCUGUCGUGCUGAGUGGAAGAGAAUGUUGCCAAAGGAUGGGACAGAAACUGGAGGGAAAAAGCUCAAAUCCGUCUCCACAAACCACACAACCAAGCCGAAGGUAAAAGGGAAUCCGCUGAGCCGAGAGAGAAAAAGAAUCAAUGGGAACAAGUUUGCUACAAAGGAGGAAGGCAGUAAGAGCCAUCAGGCUAGGUUGACUCUGAGCAUUGAAGGUACAGCCAGCCCUCCCUGCAACAGUCUGCAGCAGAUAAUCUGUCAAAGUGCUCCAACUUCCACAUGUGAGGAUGUAGCGGGGACCAAGAUGUUUGCCAAUAAAGAUUGUUUAACAGCCAGUGCACAGACCAGCAGCUCCAGCGUUUCAAUAGUUACAGCAAAUAAAGGGGAAACCAGCAAAGCAAUCCCCAGGGUUAAAGAUUUAGUUUUGCAAAAUAUGCAGCAGUUCAAAAGAAAGAAGCCUGUGCAAUAUAGCAACAAUCAAAAACAACAACAGGAGGAGGAUAACCAAUCACCCCAUGCUUCAGAUACACACGCAGACCGUGAUGAAGGAGAAAUUGAUAGCUGUCAACACAACAUAGACAGCGAUGCCUCCCUGGCCUUGGCAAUGCAACAGGACAUGACAGCUGAAGCAGCUGCCAAUGUUUGCCCCAUUUGGGAAAAUGGAUUUUUCUUUUGCGUAAUCUGUCAGAAGGAUCUUUCUAGCAUGAACUCCAUUCGCCGAGCACAGCACAUCAACAGGUGCCUGGAUGACGAGGAAGAGAGAAGGGUCUCGGCUCCAGCUGUGCCUGAGUGCCCAAUUUGUGGGAAGCAUUUUAACACCUCAAAUAGCCGGGCGACCCACCUCAAACGCUGUGCUGUUAGAAUGGAGGUCCCGCCACAGCUGUUACUGCAGGCAGUUCAGAGACAAAAUUCAAAUGCUUUUGACAGUUCAGCUCCUUUGGCGAGUCUUCAGCCAGGAAAAGCAAAGCGAAAAGCUUCAGGAAAAGGUAAAGAGCCAUCGAAGAAAUGCAAGACCACCAGGAAUCAGCCAGUGGAUGAGGAUACGAUGGUCGCCAUGGCGUUGUCUGCUUCUUUACUGGAACAGAGAAAUGUUGACAUCCAGCCUCAUAACACCAUUAAAGAAGUGGCAGCAACAGGUUUAGACAAGAGAAGUCGAAGAAAGCGGAAGGAAGCCGUGCCCCCAUUACUGGUGGUGCAGGAUUCUGAAGUGGCGCUCAAACACAUCCAACACAGGAUGGCAAUGCUGCUGUCUGAGCAGAUGGACUUAGCCAGCACCCCUCCACUACCUGCAAGCAGAUUCUGUGAGGAUGGGAUACUGUGGCAAACCUGGUACCUACCAAGCAACCAAGACACAACCAGGCAAGGCAGCCUCUGGCAUUGCAGUGCUCUGCUCGGAGACUGGGACUCGACACUCUACUACACAAGUGAUCUGGUUCCUCCCAUUAUACCAUGGAAACCUCAACAGGAAUUUCAACUUGGCGAGAGGCAGAAAGUGCCCUCAACAAUGGUCUCAAAAGACUUGUUAGGAUUGACCUCGGAGACGACUAGAAAUGAACCAGAUUUAUCUGGGGCUAGAGGUGAUAUCGAGACUGAGAAAGGGUUGAUGUCCAGAAGCCAACAGGAUCAUCAAGCACUCUCUGAUCUGAUGGAUCUGGCAGGAGAGGGCCUGACUAUGACACAAUGGAAUGAUGGGAUGGACGGGAAGCCAGAUAGUCACGCAAAGGAAAAGGAUGGAAGCGAGUCUACAUUUGAUGAGAUCACACCCAGUGGGUUUGUCCCAGCACAGACUGAGAGAAGCAGCGGAAACACUCCACAACAUAUGCAGUCACUGAGGAAGUUGACAGCAGACUUUGGUGGAAUGGUGAACAAUCCUCACCUGAGUGAUGUGCAGUUCCAGGUAGACAAUGGUGAGGUUGUGUACGCUCACCUGUUUGUGCUCUAUGCACGAUCUCCGCAGCUUGUGCAAACAGUUCAUGAUGAUGGGUUCCUGGUGGAAGAGGAUGCUGCUCCCCUGACUCGCAGGCUCUUACUUCCUGAGGUUACAGCACAAGCAGUAUGUGCCUUUCUCCAGUAUCUGUACACUGCCAGUGCCACCGUAACACCGAACACGCUUUCUGAGGUCCGCCACCUUGCUGUCAGGUUCUCCGUGAACGAAUUGGUGAGGAUGUGUGAAGCCUGUUCCCCAGAAGAUGAGGAUGUCAGAAGUCAAUCAGGAAACAAUCUUUGCUCUGAAGCGGAGGAUGGAAAGUACGGAGGCCGACUGGAAAACUUCCAGGAGCUUCUGAGGUCCAUGUGGCUGGAUGAAGUGGAAAAACCUGCAUUUGAGCCUAGAUCUAUAGAGUCCGAGGAUGAAGAGAAAGUCAUUGAGAAAGUGGAAGAUAGUGAGUUGGAAGAACUCUACGAAUUUGCUGCCACUCAGAGAAGAAUUGAGAGAGACUCAUUCCGUGGUGACAUUGCUCAAGAAACUGAGGGGCCUCAUCCGAAGACCAGUAUUUUGGAAAAUGAAGCAGACCUUGGCAUGCGUAGAGAAAGUAAGCAGAUUAUGAAAGAACAGAGCAUUGAGUGGGAAACUGUUACAAAUUGUGAGUCUUUGGUUCGUGAGAGAAAACAAUUGUCUUCAGAAUGCUGUUUGGAAACUGAAGAGAUGUCCCAACAACAGGAAGUCAAAGCACCUCAGUUAGAAAACUUGCACAACCAUAGUCUCAAACAGGACAUGGUGUUAGAUGACAGCUACGAUUCCCUGUUCUCAGAACCUGCAGAUGUAUCACUGGGUUCUCAGCACGAUGUGACAGUUGAAGGGAAACCUGACAAUGUCACUGAAAGAUGCGAGAGAAUUGCCACAAAUGCCCAGACUUCCUUUAGUCCAUCUGCCAAGUCCAGCCCUAAUUGUUCGGAAAAGAAGCUGUCACCUUCAUGUGAUCUCAAAAGUCCCUUUGCAGCCCCGUAUGUAUGUGAUCUACCUAUUGUUGGUCUGUCACCACCAAGGAAAGUCUCAUCUCAAAUAACCCCAGACAAGCAUUUAUCUUCAAUCUUCAUAGAAGAUGCUCCCAAAGUAGCUUCUGAAACUCUGCCUCAUUUCUCAGUGGAUUCAAAUCAACAAUUAAGCCUGAAAAACGCAAUGUUCGACUGUCCUAGGGAUCUCCAGGAACUGGAAGCUUAUGAAUCUCCAGAAUGUUCAAGAGGAGAACUGUCAUCUCCACUAAAGUCUGCUUCUGUAAGGGCUCCUUGUUUGGAUAUUCUAUCUGGGCAUGAUCUGAAGACCAGUAUUUUAGAAAAUGAAGCAAAUGAAAAUGAUUACAAACAAUUGUCACCUAUCAGUAUAGGCUCAAGCUUCUCUGCACCAGACAGUAAAUCCAAUGAUAUUGUGUUGUUAAUAGAUUCUGACGAGGAAAUGGAAGUGGAAAAAAGCUAUGCGUCAGAGUCUAGUUCUCUGAACACAAUUCUGUUGCCUUUCUAUGACUUUAAAGGAGCUGGUGGGAGUGGGAUGGACCGAAGCCCAGUUUGUGAACAUGUCAGCACUACUGAGCCUGUCAAGACUUCCAACUUUGUGAUCCUCAAUGAGCAGAAUUCCAAAGAUGACAGAAGUCCAUCUAAAAGUUCAGAUGAAACCCAAAACAAUUGUGUUUUAGAAUUGCCUCCGAACAGCGUCUCUGAAAAGUUUUUCAACUACCAAAAACAAGAUAAGGCUAAUAAAAGCGAGCUAGAUCUGAUACUCAGCAGUGAAAGCGAACAUAACAAUGGAGACACUACCAUGGAGACAUCAUGGCUGGUGCCAGCUACCCCACCUCCAACAAGAAUUAGACAUUCCUCUACACAGACUCAAAACUCUCAAUUUCUGCAAAACCAAAGUAUUAUAAAGAGUGAAUUGUUUGAGAACUCAAUUGAAGAUGAGAUGAGUUUGUCACAAUCUGUGGGUGCAGCACAGAGAGCAUUCAAGCUAGCGACAACAUCAAAAAGUCCCGAAAAAGUAAAAGGCAUUGGUGGAAUGGAGGAUUCUUUGGAAAGUAGUUCUUUUAAUCGGUCUUUGGACGUGUCUCUGAUGUCUUCUCCUAUCCCUCCUACUCAGUACUCGAAUGGCUGUAUUGACUUAGAGACUUCACUAGAGACUUCACCGUCAGAGCAAGCAAAGAGACCAGUGGGAUCUUUGCAGUGCUCUGAAGAAAGGCAAAUGGCAGACACAUCUGUGAUUGAAGUUAAGGACACUGAGGAGGAGCUGCCAAGAGGUGAACCUGAUGCCAGUUUGCUGUUCAUCGAUGAGCCACCGAUUCCAUUUGAUUACGAAUAUUGGAAACCUGAUGAUUAUCCUCAAUCCGUGGAGGAUGAGAGCAUUGACAAUGAAGGUGGAAGAGUUGGGAAGAGAACAAACACAGCUUUCCACAGCUCACAACAUCAAACUAUUGACAAGGAGCUACAACCAACUACAAGCACAGGGAUCCAAAGCAGCACACCACUUCAAGGCAAACCACAACCCAGGAUAUUGUUUGAAUUUCAUGAUGUAAAUAACGGCAAAAAAGAUGCACUUUCUGGGGGAAAACACGCUAGUGUGUUUGAUUCUAAAAUCUGGGAUGAUUGGGAUGAGGAAGAGGAGUUGCCUGAAGUCCUCCCAUCAUUAUCACAAAGACUUCCUGGCAUUGAGAAAGACAUAACUGUGACCAACAAAUAUGGUAACAUGCACCAGAGUCCAGCCAUUAACCGAAUGAAAACUCAGCUUCCUGUGGUACCCAUCACCCCAGAACCUCCCUAUUCAGAGAUGCCUACCCCAAAUCUGAAAAAAGAACUAAAGAGGUUUGGAGUUCGUCCACUGGUGAAACGCAAAAUGAUUCUGAAGCUGAAGGAGAUUUACAAAUAUACCCACCAAGUCAUUGCCUCUGGCACGGACUGCAACACUGAGCAGGGCCACACGCACACCGUAACCUCAGCCUGCCUCACACAGCCUGGACCCAUUCCAGCAAACAAAGCGAAGGCAGCUUCCAGAAACUACCUACAGCCUGUUUCAAUGAGAACCAGCCAAGUAAAGCACAUCUCCAAAACGCAGAAAAAGCCUGUUUCAGGGGCAAAAAGCAAAACAACCUCCACAAGCCAAUCCAAGACCAAUUCUAAAUCAAAAGGAAAACAGUGUGUCCGGGAUGUGCACAGAGCUAAAGUCAAGUCACCAAUAAAAUCUGCAAUACAUAAUGAGGAGGUGGUUUCUGACAGGGAUCAGCUGUCUUCAUCUCAGGGCUCCUCCUCUUCGGCAGCAGGGAGUGAAGACGCCUUCAGGUCUCAACAGCAGUCAAUACUGGAGUUAGAUGGCCUUGCCACAGACUCGGGGGAUGAAGAGGACGAUGAGAUUAUACCAUCGCAAGCAACAGGCCAGGCAGAUAAAGUUCAGGUGUUACGACAGUACAUUCAGUCAAACCCAGAAUUCUACACGAAAAUCCUGCUGUACAAACCCUUCGAACUGGCAGAAUUACACCUGCAGCUGAAAGACAAUGGGAUCAAAGUGUCCAGGAGACAGCUGAUUGAUUUCCUUGAUGCUCAGUGCAUCACGUUUACCACAGCGGGUGAAAGAAAGGAGAAAUUACAGAAACAAAAGCGUGGCGCUGGCAAACGGGGGAGAAGAAAGCACGCUAGUUUGUGGGACUAAAGAGAGCGGAGCGUUGAUAACUCGAGAGGAAGCCUGUGCCUGAAUAAACAAAAAUUGAAAGGAAACCCCUUCUGGUAACCGCAUGUCAGUUUUAUUUCAAUUUUGUUCUCAAUUUUUGAGAAAAAUGUAAAGCGAGCAAACUGUACAUACAGUAGAUUCUUUUUUUACUAGGAGCUAAAAAUUGUCAUAGGUUUCCUGUUUAAUUUGUGUGUUCUUACAUGUGUGGAUUACUGUAUAUGUGUGAGUGUUAGGAUAGAAGUAUUAAUAAAUUCCCCCAAACCCUCGAAUAGAUCAAAACAAACUUUAAUUCAAUGUGGAUCAAACGAACUUAAUAUUUUGUCAUUUCUGUAGAAAAAUACAAUUUGUAUUAAAGAAUGGAUUUUAUACGUUA